AUCCCAUUACUGUGGGAAGGUCAGGGGAGGAAGAUGAACGUUGGGGCGGAGAGUUAACCUGUUGCGUCACAAAGAGCUGGUGUUAUGUGUUCAGUGCAGCCCAUCGCCACUGCCUCCUUACGGUGUUAGCGGGCAACCAGGGUACGGGUACAUGUAACUGAAUGCUUGGUUUCCUGUUGACCACGAGCUGCCUGCUUGGCGUGCCCACCUGAGCCAGCUGGUCCGAGCGUGGCCUGAGUGUCGGGGAUAGCGCCUCCGUGGCUCAGUCAGUCCUGCGUCGACCGUGCGCGGGUGAGGAGUGCGUCGCCUCGCUCUCACUGAUCGCUGGCUGUCUGGCCCGACUCGCACGCGUUCCCUGAACUCCCCGCUGGGUCAUGGCACCUGCUGACGGUGGACUUCUACUAUAGUUCCCAGCAUGCUUUCAAGUGAUCUUGCUGGUGACUCCAUUGGCUUUUGAGUAUUUCAGUGGUGUUAUACUUGUGCAAGAGUCCUCUCAGGUUCUCGACCUUUUACUGUCCCGUGAAGCAGUGUGGAAACAAUCCUGUUGCACCAGUCUGUCCCUGGGACACUGUGGUCACUUGAUAUUCAAGAGUCCAAUACACCCAAAAAAUAUAUACUACUCAGGGACAAAAGAGAGUGAUAUUUAAAGCCAAAAGGUGUUAACAGGACCUAGUGACGAAUCUGGCUUAUGAAACACCAUCCGAGGAAAUACCAGGACGACGAGUGUGUGUGACGGCACGACUUGCCGCCGCGUGUGUGAGUCCCCAGACGCUGACUGUCCUGUCCUCGCCGCCUCGGCUGAGUCGUGCCCGGAGGAUUACCAGCCAGAUGAGAGAGGCGAACCCAAGUGUCUGAAGAGGUGCCAGUAAAUCCUUAAAUAUCUGACAUAUCUUAACUUGGAAUAAGACAAUACACUCGCGUGAGUGAGUGAGUGAAUACCAUCAUCGUGAGAAUCCCACCAAGACCUGCCCAACAAGUGAGAGAGUCGCCAAGUCGUGAAGUGCUUCUGGCGGGGACCUGAACGUGGAAAUGGGGAGGUCGCACGCCGCCUGAGGGGAAGGAGGAGGUCACGGAGAAGUUUGGGCCACGAGGGGAAGAUGACGUCCGUGGAGGGUGCCGGAUUAAAUAUAGGCGGGCGGAAGGAGUCUCCUGCCUCUAAAUCACCCCCAAGACUCGCCCGCCCCGAGAGAGAGGCACGUGUGGGGACGCCCUUCAAGCGCAGCAGGUCCAAGGUGUUCUAUGCCUCGCAGGCCGAUGAGGUCAGCGACGGCGGCAAGACGGUACGUAAGGAUCUCAGCUUCAGUCCGCCCUGCAUCCCCACCAGCGUGGAGACUCAUGAUGCCAAAACUACGCCCACCUCAGAGGCAGCUCUUCUCUCCCGGAGUCUUCACGCCUCCAGAAGUGCUCCCACCCUCAGGGACACGGCCAGAAGCGUGGCCACCUUCAGAACCACACCCACGAGAGCCAGCGCCGUGCUCAAGUUGAGUCCAGCCUACAGGAGCUCUUACAAAUCUGGAAAGGACAGGAGCGAGACCUGUGAGGCGCCCAUCCUGGAAGAGGUGUGCAGUUCUGGCGAAGAGGCAGGGGAGGGAGAGGUGUCCCCCGAAGGGUCUUUCCGGGGCUCCCUAAGAGGCUCUCCCUCCCACCGCUCACAAGACUCAGGUUAUUCAGACUCUGGCGAGUCCACCAACGCUCACACGGACAGUGACGGGUCUCCAAUCACGCCUCCCAACAUCAAGCAUAUCAGCCGCGUCUACUUCAGGGACAGUGUCGAGGAAACGAAUCUCUUCAGCGGCAAGAAAGGCAGUCCAGUAGAGAGAUCAGAGCAAACCACGAAUUCAGAGGCCAGUAGUCCAAGCAGCCGCAGCUCUUUCCUGGACAGCCCAGCCAGCAGCCAACCCAGCCCCUCCAGCGACAUUACCGGAGGCCAUGAAGAACUUUCGGAGGAGCUUGAGCACAAGAGUCUCCUUGAGACGGUGGCGAGACACACCGGUGCUGUCAGGAAACGCAACACCGUCACUUCCGGUACAACAUCUGCAAGGAGAACAGCGUAUCGACGCAGCGUCAGCAGCGACAAGCUGCAAAGCGACCAAAGAAACGAUAACCGUCGACCGGCACCAUUGAAGGCCAGACGUCGAUGGUCAGUAGCUGACAUGCAGCAGCAGCAGCAGCAACAACAGGUGGUGGCAUCGUCGGGAGAGACCUCGUGCGGCGCCUCAAAAGGCACCACCAACUGCGAGCUGCCCAUCCAAAGUCACGGCGGGGUCAGCGGACGGGUGGGCGGUGCCGCUUCGCUGGAUGCCCUGGAUGAUCCCGUGCCGGCCUGGCGGGUGGCUGGCGAUGCCCCGCGGCCACACGUCGCUCGCAGAAUCAGGAUACACCCCACGGCCGUGGCGCAGGAGAUGAAGAAUGGAUCGGUGAGUCACUGGCUGAAGGAAUUACGCACCCUGUACGAGGCGGAGUGCAUGAACACCCUACAAUCCAAGUCAUUGCCCGGGGACCACAAUGGGCUGCCCCUUCAGGCGCCUCCCACGGCCCGCCACGCCGUCAGGGCCAUUCAGCGCCGCGCCCAUGAGGUCUCAACGGAGUUCGCCAGACUAUGCCAGCGCCUGGAGUGGCUGGAGCUGACGCAGGUACCGCCGCUGGCCGAGUCUCUGGUGGAGCAUAUCAACAUCUUCCUGAGGGACUACACCACACAGUGGGCGGCCGCCGACCCCGACCUGCAGCCCCAGUCAUCGCUGAGUCGCCAAAGUAAAGUGAUCCGGCAAAUCUGCCAGCGUCUGACGGAGGUUUGUAACAACGACAACGACGACCUGGACCGCGACACGACCCGCCAGGUGGUGCAGGUGGUGACGGCGCUGGGCCACGCCUUCACCAAGCUGGUGGACCUCAUGCUGAGCCGCGAAAUCAAGGAGGUGGUGCGGAUGUUGGAGGAGACCCGGGUGGAUGAAGUGAGGUCCUCUGUAUCCCACCUGACGGCGCUGGGUGUGGACGGGGGACACAUCUGCCGCCUCAUAGCGCGCCUUGGCGGUGUGCGGGGACUGCUUGGCGUCUGUCUGGAGCCGCGUCUUCACCAGGUGCGGGUUGCGGCACUACGAGCCUUAGCCACGGUGUGCUGCGUGGUGGAGGGCAUUGUCGAGCUGGAGAAGGCAGGCGGCGUAGAGGUGGUGGCGGAAGUGCUGUGCGAUUCUGAGUGCACUGAGGAGGAGCGAAGUGAGGCCGCCGGCGUGCUGGCACAAAUCACGUCACCUUGGGUGGAGAAUACCCAUCGCCUCACUGCACUCCACACCCACCUCACUCCCAUCGUCGCCGCCCUCACUGAACUGGCCAAGUGGACACGCUCGGCUGAAAUCUUCCUGCUUGCCGCCGCUGCGCUGGCCAACCUGACCUUCCUUGACGGGGGCUGCGUGGAGGCCAUGAAGGCGGCCGGCACCGCCUCCGUCCUCCUUCGAACCGCCCAAGACAACCCCAACAUCUCCAUCUUCACCAAGGACCAGAUUGCGACGGUGUUGGCCAACCUGGCGGGGUCGAGGGAGGCGGCAGAAGAGGUGGUGGAGAGUGGGGGAGUGGCGGUGCUGCUGGGACUUCUCAAUACCCGACCCGCCCCCACCCAUCGCCUGCCAGAGGUGGCCACGGCGGAGCGAGUCCAGCAGAAGUCGGCCAUCGCCCUCUCCAGGCUGUGUCGCGAGGCGUCGGUGGCACGCCAGGUGGCCGAGCAGGGCGGCGCCAAGCGGCUGGUGCGCCUCUGCAAGGAUGAGAGCGAGAGGAACCACAGCGAUGCCGUCCUCGUCGCCUGCCUGGCGGCGCUGCGUAAGAUGUCCUCCUCACUGGGAUCUGAGGGGCUGCGCGGCGUGGACGCGGCAGAGCUGGUGGAGCCGCGGCUGCUGGACUCCUUUCUCAUCUACUCCUCGCGGCAGGAGAGUUACGUGUAGAGGAUAUGACAGCGACAUUACCGUCAGGUGAUCCGCGACUUCCGGCUGUACGGAAGCAUCCUGCGGGGACUCGCCUGACGGAGGCCAGCGUGACCCACCGCCGCACCUCACCCUCGUGUCCCAAACCAGCACGAAUCAGGAGGAACUUUUCCCGAUCCCGGUGUGGUGCAUUUGUCAACAGGAAUACAAAUACGAAGCUUUACGCAUGUACAAGUAUUCAGCAACACACUACAACACUCUUCACUCUUAUCUUCUGUGUCCUUUUGCUCUGGAUUUAGAGACGAUAGAUAACUUCAUAUCAAAGUUGAAAUUUACCAAUGUUUGUGUGUGUGUGUUUCCUUCCAAUGUUCUCUUCCUUACAUACACAACACAUCGCUUAGAGGUAGACACAAAGUUUCUUCGUAUACACUGUCAUAAGUUUAUUAUUAUUUUUUUCAAAACGAUAUAUUUUAUUAAUGAGGAAGAUGACUGCUGAUGACGACGAUGAUGGGUAUCGACGCAGGGGCCGCGCGGCCGCUGCCACUACUAGUCAUGGAUCAGACAGAACCAAAUAUCACCAAUCUUGUGUAUAUCACCUCGUUGUACAUUCCACCUGUUGUGAUAUAUAGUGUAAAUAUAUUUUAAUAGUUACAUCCUA